AUGGAUGCUACUCCGCCGUCUGCCGGCUUUGUGAAUGAGAUGGAGGCCGGUGGAGAUGGAGAGGGAGAGGCUCGGGAGGAGAGCAAGGAGUGCCAGAGACUCACUGCAGAGAGAGAUGAGGCUGAGAGGCAACUCAAACACAUUAAACGGGUUUCCCAAAUGGUGAUUGAGGAGGUGAACGUACUACAGACCCAACUUGAGAUUGAGAAAUCGUGCCGGGAAAAUGCAGAGGCUCUGGCUACCAAGUUGAAUUGUGAGAACAGGAAGAUGAAGUAUUUGAGCCUGUCGUCACGGCCGUGUCUGGACGAGCUGUUGCCCAGUAUUUCUGACUGCAUUUCUCUAGAAGAAGAGACUGACCCGCACGACCCUGGCUCUGAUGCUUUUUCACAGUAUAAGCAGCAGGUUAAAGAUCUCCAAGAAACCGUGAGCUCUUUGCUGGAGGAGAAAAAGCAGCUGGCUUGUCAGCUUCAAAGUCAGCAGAGGCAGAUUGAGGAAUUGACAGCACUUACUGAAAAAGAGCAGGCCGAGAUGAAGGAGCUUUAUAAAACCAUUGAGCAGCAAAGCAAGACCAUUAAGAGGUUCAACAGGGUGUCUAUGAUGGCCACUCAUGAGUAUGAAAACUUGAAGGAGCAGCUGGAUUUGGAGCAGAGCCUCAGGCAGAAAGCAGAGACCUAUGCACACGAGAUGAUGGUGAAGCAGAAAGAAGCAAACAGACAGAGCAUGAUUCUGCUGCAGCAGGGAGAUCCCAGCAUUCAGCUGGUCAAAGCCUUAGAGGAUGUGGCCAGUGUGACUAAAACAUUAGAAGAAGAGCGAAUCCAGCACCGAGAGAAGGUAAAAGCUCUAGAGGCUGAACUGGACGAAUGUGCUUUGCGUAAGCAGCUAGUUCAGCUGCAAAGACAACUGGAGAUAUUAGACGAAGAAAAGAAAGAGACUGAGGGACGACUGCAGGAGGAAGAGAAGAGAAGCACUCUUUUUGAAAAGAAAGUUAAAGAGCUGCAGGAGGAGAGGAGGAGCUGUGUUUCAGCAUCAGGCCCCUCCCCCGGGACUGCUCCGCCCCCGGCCCCUCCUCCUCAUCCACCUCCCCCUCCUCCACCCCCGCCCCCUCCACCUCCCCCCCCUCCUCCCUCCCGCUGCAACCCCCUCAGCUCUCUCAUUGCCAUCAUGAGGAAGUCCUCCAAGGGAGGUAAAGGAACCCCCAAACUAGAGCAAGCCCCAGUGAAUGAAGCAGUGGAUGAUGUCAAAGUCAAAGCUGUCAAUGAAAUGAUGGAGAGAAUCAAACACGGCGUGGUUCUCAGGCCUGUGAAGAGUCAGGACACUAAGAGAUUUGGCACAAAGCAGCCGAGCCCAGUGCCAGCAGCAGCAUCAGCAGCGGUGGAGGAAAAGCCCCAGGAAAGUGCGAUGGAAGAGCUGAAAGGCAUUCUGGAGACAGUGAAAAAGAGUCCCAGCCGUGGUUUCCAGGAAGUAGUUCAUGCUAAAAAGGACAGUGAACUGGAAGUAAUUCUGAGGAGGAGACGCAAACAGGCCUGUGAUCCGGACGCAGAAGAUGACGGACAGCUGAGUAAAGUCUCCUCAUCAAACAGCCUGAACGGCCGACACAGUUCAGACUCGGGCAAAGACACAGAAGGGCCGGGCAGCAGCUCUCUGUCGGGCAGCGAGCGCGGGUCGAGAACCAGCUCAGACUCGGGCCGAGAGCCAGCCGUGGCUCGACCCAGCUCAGAUUCUGGCAUGGAGUCCAAAGGAGCCGCUCAGACAGAGUGUGUCUGCAGAUCUCUCUCUGAGAAAGAGUCCGCUGAACCAGUCACCAACGGCUGCUGUUCAGGUGAAAUGAAGGAUGGUGAUCCAGAGAAGUGGGCGGGGCCUAAUGGGAUCGGCCAUACAGAUGCAAGAGACGCCCUGCAAAGCGCCCUCAGCUCCUCUGCACAAAGCCUCAAUGCAGCAAACGGUUGCACAGACGCCGAGUGUUAACAACAAGUGGCUCGGCAAGGACAGCUGCAUUAUUUGCACAAAACCAUGCUUUCUGAAUUUGUUUGUUCCAAAUUUAAAACCAUCCAUUCAUAUUUUAAAUGAAUAUAGAUAGAUUAUUUCAUCAUUUGCAGCUUUAAAAAAAAUUUUUUUCCUUUCAGCGUAAAUGUACUGUAUCUGUCUUUACCAGUAAACACGGGGUGUUUAGAUGUUAGAGACAUCAGUCAUAUGCUUCAGAUUCAUUCUGCACAGUAGUUACUGUUAGAUCCUUCUUGGAUUCAUAGAUUCAACAUCGGAGUCACAUUUCCAUAAGAAUGCAAGCAAGGAAACUUUAAUAAUGGAGAGUGUAAUUACUUUCUGUGCAACUAGCAGCAGAAUCCGAGCUGUAAUACGAGUAAAACAAUGCUGACAGAAUCACUCCACUGCACAUCAUGGCACAUUUGCUGUUACGAAAAAAGGUCCUAAGUGUGGCCUAGACUAUCAAAAUUAAUCAAGAGAUGCAAUUAUAAGCCAUUCAAGCGAUUCUUUCCAUAAAGAGGAACUGUUGUGGUCUGUUCCGUCUACCUCUUAAGACACACUCACCUCUUGGGGAUCAAAAUCGUACAUCAUAGAUGUUAGGAAAAUUAAUACCAAUCGAAUCAUGGAGGGCUACGCAACCCAUGUCUUCCAGCCAUUUCCAAAACCUUGCACUGCAUGAAUGCACUGUAGAAAAGUUUGGCUUUGAGUGACAGUUGCAUCUUGAUUAGAUUUGCUCACUAAUUCUGAGCUGUUCCAAUGCAAUUUCAUCUCGGCAAAUUGUAAUACUGUGCAGGAUCAGGCUGCCUUUCAUAACUAAGCGAAUAUUUGCCUUGUGACUCCUCUUGACUCGAUGUGGAUCAUGUUAAUGGUACGAUGCGGAGAAUAUUAAUGAGACUGUAAGGUUCUGGCCAUCUCAGCUGUCCUGAUCUUAUUGCUCAGCUAACACAGGGAACAUACUUAAAACUUUGGCUGACGUUCUGGCAAGGUUAUGAAUAAUUGUUCUUUCAGUAGCAUUAAUAGGACAUUCGUUCAUUGUUGUCUCUUUCAAAAUGUUCUCAAAACUUUUGCACAAAGAAGUUAUUCAUACAUCGUUCAUGAAACGUUUUGUUGGUUUUAGUUGGAUGUUAACCUGUUUUGCUACUUGUUUCGGAACGUUCAGAGAACAUUCAAACUAACAUUCCCAUAAUGUUUACAAAAUGAUAAAAUGGUGUGCAUAACCAAAACAUUUAAAACAUAUUUACACUUUGAAUGCUAACCCUCUGGGCUUCUUUGGUUGGUUCUGACCAAAAAUGUCUUGAUUUUUUUUUGCUUCAUCAAAAUGGGAUGACACUUAGUGACUUAGUAGACACAUUAGCUAUGUAUACACACCCGAAAAAUACUUUAAUUAAUUUGGAUAUAUUAAAGGGUCGAAAAAUAAAAAAAAGUUACAUUUGGUACCUUCACAGUCAAAAAACAGUGGAAGAAGUGUGUAGAUAUUGCAGCGUAUAAUAAAAUCCCCUCAAAAUUCAAAACAAUAAUAAAAAAAUAUUAUUGAAAAUAUAUUAUGUAUAAUUUAACAAAAUAAAAAGGAUAGUGAAAAAUGAAUAGUCCCAGAGGGUUAAGAGGACAUUCAAAAAUAUAAUUUUCAUAACUCAAUGGGAAUGUUUGCUAAAUGUUCUUAAAUUAUAAUUUUGUUAGCUGGGUGGUCUGACGUCUUUGAUAUCAGGCAAACAACUGCAGUAACAUAUUAUUAACAUAAUUGUAGUUGUCCGAAAAUCUGAAUAAUCUUAUUAUAUCUUCUUGUUUUCACUCUGUCAUCACAAGUGAUAACCCACACUGAUGUGACUCAUUUACACUCUUUUUUAAUGUUUAAAUUGCUCCUUGAUUUCCACCACCUUUGUGUUUUGGCCUUACUGUAUGCACCACUUCUUCCUUUCCAGCCUUAUCGAAGUGUAAAAUCUUGAUUUUGUAUAAGAACUCUGAGAGGUGAUUGAUCUGACUUGUGAUGAGUGUGAUUUGAAGCUUAAACUGAGUGUAAACAUACCUUUUAAACAACUGAAUAAACUUACACGACUGU